AAACAUUCAGACACAGGCGAGAAACCAUGGAAAAUACAACAGAAAUCGUUUGUCAAGUUAUGGGCGUGCCAAUAAGGAUCAAUAUGUACUUCCAUGUACCAAUCCUUGUUUUGGGAAUACUCAUUGGUAUUUUAGUCAUAACUUUUAAUGGUAUCUUCCUAACUGCAAUGUCCAAGCACUCAAGCAGUACUUCUGUUUCCGAGGUGUUGUACAUAAUGCUAGCAGUAAGUGAUCUUCUGUCAGGUAUUAUAUACAUUCCUACAUGGUGUUGUCAUUGGAUACUGGCACUUACAUCAAUUCCAACGUGCAUACCUAUAAUUCUCACAAGUAUACUUGGAUACACUCUCGCAAUAUUUUCUGUUUUCACCAUUUUGUUUAUCACUAUAAACAUUUAUUUGUCGGUUAUUCAUCCCUUUUUAUAUGAAGUAUGGGUGACAAAAAAGCGGGUUUUUACUCUCAACUUGUUUGUUUGGAUUAUAUUCUUGGUCAUGGUCGUAGGUUCAACAUCAACAUCGUUGUCUAUGUGGAUUAGGUGCAAAAAUGUGAUAACCUAUCUGCUAGUGAUCAUAAUAAUUGUCAUGGUAACCAUGCAUAUCCGAUUAAAUAAUGAAAUUAACAGAAUUUGCUCACGAGUCGCUCAAACUUCAACUGCUCAACAAACUCAAGACAUUGGCAUGAAAAAGAAAGCGACGAAAAUGGGUGUUAAAAUCAUGCUUGCAUUUUUAAUGUGUUUCGUUCCAAUCUCAUCCAUCUUGUUGUACAACAAGAUGAAUCCGACAGUGAUUGUUUCAAACUACUUGCAGCAUGUGGGAAUAGUAUUACUAUUCUUAAAUGCGUUGUUGGACCCUUUCAUAUAUUAUUUCAGACUAGGAAGAAUUCGUUCAAAAGUCCAAGUACUUUUUAAUAACUCGCAGACAAAGGAAACGCACGGAGGACAAACUUUUAACCACUAAGAUUCAUUUCUUUAUUAAAACUUUUCACAUAAAUGUUUGUCAAUUAUACCCCUAUAUAUGAGACAUGUAUUUAUAAUUAAUUAGAUAAAGAAAAAUUUAAGUAAAUAUUGCACGAUAAUUCGUUGAAUACAAAAAAUUAUCCAUUCUCGAUAAAGCAAGAAUUUCGCGAAAUGCAG